GCUCUGUAACACGAGAAAGAACUGCAGAGAUGUUUCUUCUUUGUUUGCUCACGUAUUGUGCGCUUUCUGUUCAGGCGGAAAUGGUUAAUAACUUUGAUGAGUGUAGUAGGCAUUUUUACAAAGAUACAGAACCAAGUGGGAUGGAUCAGAAUGCCAAGAAAAUCUGCCAGAUGUUGGAAUAUGGAGAUUAUAAUUAUGCUACACUUUACUCGGUUCAUCACAGAAUUCCCUUGUACAGUGCUUACAAGUUUGAGCUAAACCAAGAAUCCUCAGAUAAUGCAGGAAGGACAACCUUUCCAUGGCACAUAGAGCCACAGAUUUCUGAUAUAGAUGAACCCAGGAUGGUCCAAGAGAGUGCCAGAAAUAUGAAUAAAAAUAUUAUAAAGAAAAAUCAAGCCAUCAGCAGUGACUAUGAAGGAACAGGAUAUGAUCGCGGACAUCUAAACCCUAAUAGUUUUCAAUACGGUGACGAUCGUAAAGCAACAUUUACACUGACCAAUGCAGCACCUAUGGAUGCGUGCUUUAAUCGUAUCAAUUGGAAGAAAUGGGAGAGCAAUUUGCGGGCAUAUUUAAUAAAUCAGCUUAGAGAGGAUGAUAAUAAUGCAAAUGUCUACCUCAUCACAGGUACUGUACCCAAUCCAAAUUUUAAAAUACCACAAACGGAAAACCCUGAGGAGUCUAAGAGAGUCACUGUGCCAUCUCAUAUCUGGACAGCUGUCUGUUAGGAACACAAAACUGAUAAUGAGAAGUCUUUUUCCUUUGGUUACAUAGGACAAAACAAGCCAGAAACCAGCAUUAUCCCGAAGAGCGUUUCAGACUUAAAUACUGAGUUGGGUGAACUCUAUUCAUCAAAUCCCGUGUCAAUUGAAAUUUUUGUUGAUGAUUGUUUCUCUAGCAAUUUUAAAUCUGCAAAUGCUGUGAAGAUGUUUCAAAUCAAAUUAGCAGAAAAUCAAAGAAUGAUGAUCCCAGGGUUAGUUAGGGAUGCGCCGAACAUUUUUCGUACAGUCAAAAGAGUCAUGCACAGUGACAGCCUUCCAACUAAAGUCAAAGUGAUUGGUCUGAGUGCAACACUUAGCACUGACAGUUUACGCAGUUAUUCCAUUAUGGUAGAAGGUAUGAAGUAUAUGGAAAGUGCUUGUCUUAUAACUAAGGCUCAAAACAGUAUUGUUCCCACUGAUAGGAGUGAUCUCAGAAAAAGAAAUGUAUUUAAGCAGUCUGAGUCUAUUGAAUGCCAGGUUGUCCCAGAGAAAUCUGUUACUGGAUGGCAGACUGCAGUUGAUGGCUCACCCUGCCAAAGUGUCUCAGACUCUAGUCUUGGUUGUAAUUGCAUCACAGAAAGUAAAACCAAGUCAUGCUGCUCUUCACCGUGCCUGUACCGGCAAGAACGAAAGGGCUACUGGUGUUAUUCAGGGUGGAGACUGAUACAGUGCUCACCCCAGUACUCACUCAUCACAUAUAAGGGAGAGAGAUGCAAAGAUAAUUAUCCCUGUGCCACAUACGGUUAUGACUACUACUGGUGUUGGAAAGUGUCUGGGUCUUGGGACUACUGCAGCCCUCCUCUGUGGCGAAGUAAGGCUAGUGAUGGGAAGUACUGCCAAAACAACCAUGCCUGUGCCAAAUAUGGUAAAAGUCAACCAUAUUGCUACACUGAUGACAACGACAAAAAAGAGUGUUGUAUUUCUGAUGACUGUUUCUCUGCUGUGAAUGACAAAAACUGCAAAUCUGAUCACCCAUGUGGUUACUAUAGCUAUCCAUACCUGUGGUGCUAUACAACUGAUGGAGAUUGGGAUUACUGUUGUACAUAUUGUGGACACUAGUUAGUUUACAAUGUUUGAUGUACUUAUUAUUAAACUAGAAUAAAGUGUACACUGUUUUAUUUCAAGUUUUAUUUUGACUGUACCUGUAACGGAUACUAACCCAGAACUACUAAAAUUUACAUAACUUUCUGAAAAUAAAAGCAGCUUAACCCUUGUGUUGUCCUCCUAUACAAAUUAGGAGCACUGAGUCAACUUGACCUUGUCUGUUUUGACUGUUUAUA